AUGUGGACGAUGAGGAAGGUGGCGACGCAGGUGGCCGUCCUCCUGCUGCUCCUCAUCGUCGUUGCGCAGGAGGCGGCGGUGCCGUUGGCGGAGGCGCGCGUGUGCCGGCGCCGGAGCGCGGGCUUCAAGGGGGUCUGCAUGUCGGACCACAACUGCGCGCAGGUGUGCUUGCAGGAGGGCUGGGGCGGCGGCAACUGCGACGGCAUCAUGCGCCAGUGCAAGUGCAUCAGGCAGUGCUAG